AUGAACAACCAGGCGCGGGCCUCAGCCCCCUUCCCGGCCCGGACCUCUACCUUGGUCCGGGCUUCGACUCGGGCCAGAACCCCGACCCCGGUCCGGACCCCGACCCGGGUCCCGACCCCGACCCCGGUCCCGGCCUCGACCCCGGUCCCGUUCCCGACUCCAGUCCCGGCCUCGAACCCAGUCCGGACCCCGACCCCGGUCCUGUUCCCGACUCCAGUCCCGGCCUCGACCCCAGUCCGGACCCCGACCCCGGUCCUGUUCCCGACCCCGGUCCCGGCCUCGACCCCGGUCCCGGCCUCGACCCCGGUCCGGACACCGACCCCGGUCCGGACCCCGACCCCGACCCCGGUCCGGACCCUGACCCCGGCCCGGACCCCAGUUCGGCUCGAGGCCGCGAACCCGGUCCAGGCCCUGACUCCAGUCCUGGUCCCGAAUCCGGUCCCAAACUUGGAGAUUUUCCGGAGCUUGGCUCUACCUUUGGAUCCGCCCCCAGAACCCGCCACAGAGCCCACUUGGCCGCCUGAUCCGGAUUCUGCGCCCACGCCUGGUGUGGAACUCCAGCCACCAGUCACCAAUGAAUUCGCGGCCCCCCCAGGGCCCCUUCCUGCGCUCACUCCGUCCGCCACAGACGUGCUGGGCCCCCCUCUCGGGUCCACCGCUACAGCAGAUCCCGCGGCCAAGAUGACAGAUUCCGGGGCUGGACCCGUUUCCUUCUUCCCUAUGCGGGCCAGCACAUUCGCCUCCACCAGCGACCUGGAAAACAAGAUCAGCGACGUGGAAAACAAGAUCGUGAUUCGAGUGGUUUAUUGUGGCCUCUGAAGCUAUAGCCUCCGGUACAUUCUACUGAGAAAGAGUCUGGAGCAACGAUUUCCAAAUUGUCUACUCUUUGAGGAGAGCAUUUCCACGCAGGCUACAGGGGAGUUUGAAGUGUUUGUGGACGGGAAACUGGUUCAUUCGAAGAAGAAAGGUGAUGGCUUUGUGGAUGAGGCCAGACUGCACAAAAUUGUGGACAUUAUCAAUGAGGAGAUCAGGAAACCUUAG